CCACAGACUCUAACCAAUCGGCGAGUGGCAAGCGUGCCUAAAUACUGAAACAACAGCACUUUGACUCACAUUAUUUGUUUCUUUCUUAUAGAAAGCAACACAGUCUUCAACCGAAAAUGAGCGGCAGAGGCAAAACCGGUGGUAAGGCCAGAGCAAAGGCUAAGACUCGUUCGUCCAGAGCCGGGCUUCAGUUUCCCGUCGGCCGUGUUCACAGGCUUCUUCGCAAGGGUAACUACGGAGAGCGCGUUGGUGCUGGAGCUCCAGUUUAUCUCGCCGCUGUGCUCGAGUAUCUUACUGCUGAGAUCCUGGAGUUGGCUGGAAACGCCGCUCGUGACAACAAGAAGACUCGCAUCAUUCCCCGCCAUUUACAGCUGGCAGUGCGUAACGACGAGGAGUUGAACAAAUUGUUGGGUGGCGUGACCAUCGCUCAGGGCGGUGUGUUGCCCAACAUCCAGGCCGUGUUGCUUCCGAAGAAGACCGAAAAACCCGCUAAAGCAAAGUAAACCGAGGUUACUUCAAAACAACAAAAAAGGCUCUUUUAAGAGCCACCCACUUGAGCUUUAAAAGAGUGAACUUUUGUAAGGUUUUGGUAUAAAUCAUUUAUAAGUGUUACAUUAUGCAAAACAAGUUGAUUUAAGAAAUAUCAAUAUUAUGCUUGAACUGAUUUAAGCCAGAGUUUUCAAACUGGGGUCAGUGGAUGUCCUGUUUCUUAGUACAAGCCAACUUUUAAGAAUUAUUAAUUUCUAGUUUUUUCUACUGUGUUUUUUAUCUUGCUGUAAUGUUAUGUUCUGUGUAAAGAUGCUGUGGAACCGAAUUUCUGCAAUAAAAUUGUAUUGAAAAUGUC